AGAUCGGGGCCUCUUCUCUUCUCGGGUGCAAACGUUCUCCACGCUGCUGCAGUCGCGUCCGCGAGUCCGAUCGCGCAGGUAACGCGUAGGAGUGCGAGCUAAGAGUAGCGAGAAGCGCCGAGGGUGAAUCCGGAGAGGAGAUAGUAAUCCAGAGGACUCGACGAAAAAAUAUGGAGUCCGCGAGGCGUUAUCUCGUCCUAAUCGCGGUGGGAAUAUUAUGGGGUUGCGUAUUAGGCCUUCAACGACCACCACCGAGAUAUUCCCAGCAAUUCAUGCCGGAAACCUCGUUCUCCUGUCGCAACAAGAUUGUCGGUAGCUAUUACGCGGACCCUGAGACCGACUGCCAAGUGUUCCAUGUCUGCGUCUCUGUGGCUGGCACUGUUCAGGAUUACAAGUUCCUUUGUCCCAACGAUACCGCCUUCGAUCAGGAGAGUCAAACCUGCGCGGACUGGUACGACGUGGACUGCGAGGCCGCGACUCUCUACUACGCCAGCGACAACUUUGACCUGUACAGAAUCGGUUCCGGACUGGAGUCCGUGCAUUACGACAACCUGCGUACCGACGCCGAGCCGCAGGAUCAUCUUCAGCGCAGCGAGACCAGCGACGCUGUUCGAUCCUCCGCGAACACGGUGAACCGCGUGUCCUCGUCCAACAAUUACAACAACAAUCGCGAAGUACUGCGAAGCAGCAGUAGCGGCAAUUUCUACAAUCGAAACAACAAGGAGGACGACUACGACAACGAGAAGUCGUACAAGGAGGAGCAGGAUACCAAGAAGAAGAGCGGCGUCAGGAAGGUCAGCAGGAAGCAGCCGUACACCGGCAACGGUAGCAGCAACUAUAAUUCGCCAACGUCUACCACGUCGGCACCGGCCAGUCAGAACACCUACAACGGCAAUUAUUACAACGGCAACGCGUAUAAUCAACGUUCCACGACGCACGUCACGUCGACGACCGCGCGGCCUCAAGAGAUCCACAGCAGGAACCAGAACACGCAAAAGUACAACGCGCCGCCGCCGUCGUCCACGUAUCGACCUACCACGACGUACCAGGAUACGUACAGUAAUUAUCAGUCACCCAGCACGACCGCCAGGACAACUUCGAACAACGUCCACAACACGAACCUGUACAACAAUCUCUACAAUCAACAAUCGGCAAACUACAAUCAACAGAACACCGGCAGUUCCGCUCAAUCCACAACGCUGAGGCCGAGCACCUACAGCCCGAAGACCAGCUAUCAGACUUAUCAAUUCGCGCAGUCCACCACCGUUCAGCCGAGCACCAAUUAUCAGACCAGCGAUUACACCAAUUACCAGCAGAGGAGCUACAACAACAUCCAGCGAAGCAGCAGCACGCCAGUCGCCUACCAGUCGUCCACCACGUCCGCGCCUACGGUUUAUAACACUAAUUACAACAACAACAAUAAUAAUUACAAUAACCAUAAUUACAACACCAACAACAACGGUCAGUACAGAUCAGCCACGUCCACUACUCAGGACGUUCCACAGACCACCGCGAAAUAUUACGCCAACAAUUUUGCGAGCAACAGUUACGCGCCCACGACUUACAGCCCGGCAACGAAAAAAUACGUGAACGCGGAAAAUAAUGUCGCGCAGACCUUGAGGAGCAACGACAACGGCCAAUACUAUAACGACAAGACGAGUCAAGCGAUCAAGCCAUCCACGCAGUACUACGAUAGCACGAAAACGCCCAAGAAGGCGACUCAGUAUAACAAUUACGACAACGCGAGCAGCGGCAAGUCGUACUACAUCGAAACGAGCACGGGUAGCUACAAUCUCGCGAGAUCUUCCGUGCAGGGUAUCGGUUUCAGUCCCGCGAGCAUCAACCAUCUCGCCGAGUCGCCGAGGACCACCACGCCGGUGCCGAGACGGUCAGCUUCUAGCGCUACCACAUAUAACCCGAAUACUUUUAACUCCAACGCUCAGAGGACCGUUCAACCGACGACGACGCCACGUGGAGCCACCUACGUCAGUGGAUCCGCGAGACCGUUCACGUCGACGACCAGAUUACCUAGCAGCAGCAGCAACGGCGGUAGCGGCAGCAGCACGACCGCGCGACCGAAAUCGGGCAAGAAGAACGACUACGAUUACGCGUAUUACGAUAGCACGGGCGGCCUGGAAUACGACGGGGUCGACCUGGAGCAUGUCACCAGUAAUAAAGAGUCCACGAAGAUCGCGAGGAAUUAAAACAGUCUCGUUACGUCUCGUAUCGCGUCGAAUCUCUCGAUACUUCAUCGAUACCAGUGAUGUAAAGUAUUGAGGAGCAAGUAUCUCCUUGUAGUUAUUCAGGUGUAGGUAUGGUUUUUUUUAAUACCUACAUGCUUGUACCUGGAUAUAUCUUUUCCAACGAAAACGGCUGUAUUCGUAGAAGAAGUUCGUUAUUUUAAUUAUUUACUCGCGAGGUAAAUUUUUUAAAACACAUUUCCAUAUUCAACGGUACAAUAUAAUCGAACAUAAGCAAAAUUAUAUGAGAAUAAAGCUUUCAAUUAGCUGAAAUUACGUGUACUUUUGAAGUAUCUACAUCUAGAUACUGAAAAUAAAAGUGCCUUUUACAUCACUGAUCGAUAGGAGAAAUUCCGUGUGAAUUAUUGUUUAUUUAGUGGCCAGUCAUCGUCAAAAUCGGUCUUCGAUUGAGUACUCGCACAAAGAGGCGCAAAGCGGGAAAGCGUAUAAAUAUUGAAUACCGAUUUUGAGAGAGAAAGAGAGAGAGAAAAAAAACGAAUUAUCGAGAUCGAUAUUGAUCCACUUAAAAAUGCGUAUAUAUGUUCAAUCGAGAUUUUACGGCUCGUCCGCCGUUAUUAACAAUAUAAUAAUUUUGUAGUUCAGUAUUCUAGGCUAAUUGUUUAUACAUAUUUUACGAUGCUUGAUCCGCGCAGCAUUGAGCGUCAACGAUAUUAUCGAUAUAUUAUACGAACGUUAAGAAAUUUUGAACAAGCGCAAAAGAUUUCGAAAUGUUCCGAUAUUAAUCUUUCCCCUUUUAUUCCGUCGCGUCAAAGAAAGUGUCGUGGUUAACCGAUUAUGAAUAACGCUUACUAUGUAUUGGUAACUGUAGUAACGAAGUUGAGUUUGUCGAAUUGUUAAAUUUCUCACAUAUUUUGUGCGCGCAUGUCAACAACAGCUCGCACGAAAUGUGUUAAUGUGAAAUGAUUUAAGAUUGUUUAAUUAUCUGCGUCUCCCUCUGCCCCCGAAGUACUGAUUGUGAGUGUAUAUACACUAUAACUAUUUUAAUUAAGAAAAGCAUUAAACACCAUGGUUUAUUAUUUCA